CCAGGUCUAUCACUUGUGACUGCCCAGCUGUGAGGCCAUGGCUUCCAAAUGUCUCAAGGCCAGCUUCUCUUCCGGGUCUCUUAAGGGCCCAGGAGGGGCCAUUGGGGUCUCUACCCCUGUGUCCACGAUGUACUCCAGCAGCUCCUGCCAGCUCCCGAGCCUCUCCUGGGGGGCCCGGAGUUUCUCUGCAUGUUCGACUGGGCUGGGCAGAAGCAGCUGCAGGGCCGCUAGCUGCCUGCCUACUCUUGGCCUCCCCAUUGGAGGCUUUGCCACUAGCUACAGCCUGGGUGGGAGCUGGUUCGGGGAGGGUGUCCUCAACAGCAACGAGAAGGAGACAAUGCAGGUCCUGAACGACCGCCUGGCCAACUACCUGGAGAAGGUGCGCCAGCUUGAGCAGGAGAACACCAGCCUGGAGGGCCGCAUCCGUGAGUGGUGUGAGCAGCAGGUGCCCUACAUGUGCCCGGACUACCAGUUCUACUUCCGAACCAUCGAGGAGCUUCAGAAGAAGACCCUGAGCACCAAGGCCGAGAACGCCAGGCUGGUGGUGCAGAUUGACAAUGCCAAACUGGCUGCAGACGACUUCAGGACCAAGUAUGAGAUAGAGCUGUCCAUGCGGCAGCUGGUGGAGGCUGACAUCAACGGCCUGCGCAGGAUUCUGGAUGACCUGACCCUUUGCAAGGCUGACCUAGAGGCCCAGGUGGAGUCCCUGAAGGAGGAGCUGCUGUGCCUCAAGAAGAACCAUGAGGAGGAAGCGAACUCACUGCGCUGCCAGCUUGGUGACCGGCUCAAUGUUGAGGUGGACGCUGCCCCACCUGUUGAUCUGAACCGUGUACUGGAUGAAAUGAGGUGCCAAUAUGAGACCCUGGUGGAGAAUAACCGCUGGGAUGCUGAAGACUGGUUCAUCACCCAGACUGAGGAGCUGAACCAGCAGGUGGUGUCCAGCUCGGAGAAGCUGCAGUCCUGCCAGGCAGAGAUCAUCGAGCUGAGGCGCACAGUCAAUGCCCUGGAGAUCGAGCUGCAGGCCCAGCACAGCUUGAGAGAUGCUUUGGAUUCCACCCUGGCUGAGACCGAGGCCCGCUACAGCGCCCAGCUGGCCCAGAUGCAGCACCUGAUCAGCAAUGUGGAGGCCCAGCUGGCUGAGAUCCGGGCUGACCUGGAGCGGCAGAACCAGGAGUACCAGGUGCUGCUGGAUGUCAGGGCCCGGCUGGAGUGUGAGAUCAAUACCUACCGGGGCCUGCUGGAGAGCGAGGACAGCAAGCUCCCCUGUAACCCAUGUGCCUCCAACUAUUCACCUUCCAAGUCGGGACUCCCCUGUCUCCCGGCGGCCUCCUGUAGUCCUGGCACCAUCCGAAUGAGCUGCAGUCCCCGCCCCAUUUGUGUGCCCUGCCCAGGGGGUCGGUUCUGAGAAUGACUGACCCAGAAGGCCAAGGCCAUUGUCUCCAAGGCUUGGGCCUGGUGUCUAUUCAACCCUAACAGCCCAAUCCCCUCUCUCUUUGGGCAGAGCUCAAGACCUGGCCCUGAGAGGGCUCACAGAA